AUGGCUGAGCCGCAGCCCUUCUUCAUCGACGGCCUCUCCCAGAUAACUGAAUGCUUGUUUAUAGGAAAUAGCACAGCAUCCAAUAACAAACUUAUGUUAUCCAAUAGCUGCAUCACUGCUAUCAUCAGUGUCUCAAUGGAGGUGAGCAACACAUAUUAUGAGAACAUCCAAUACCUAAAGGUACCAGUGGCCAACUCUCCUAGGGGGUGCCUCUACGAUUUUUUUGACCCUAUCGCUGAUUACAUCCACAGCGUGGAAAUGAAACAGGGCCGCAUACUGCUGCACUGCACCGAUGGUGUGAGCCGCUCCACCACACUCUGCCUGGCCUUCCUUAUGAAGUACCACCGCAUGUCUCUGCUGGAAGCCUACACCUGGACCAAGUUGUGCCGCCCCGCCAUCCGGCCCGACAACAGCUUUUGGGAACAGCUUGUCCAGUAUGAAUUCAAGUUAUUUAAGAAGAACACCGUGAACAUGGUCAAUAGUCCAUCGGGUAAGAUCCCGGACAUCUACAAGGAGAAAGUCUAUGCAUGCUAUGAGCCAUCUGGGUCAUCCCCUGACAUCUGCUAUGGAUGA